AUGGACAAUUCAUUUGUCAAGACACCGAAAGAGGUGUGUGCCCAUUUUGGGGUUGACCCCAACGUGGGUCUAGACGAAGGCCAAGUAACAAAACUACGACAAAAGCACGGCAGAAACGAGUUACCGGAGGAAGAUCCCACACCAUUAUGGCACCUUAUAUUGGAACAAUUCAAGGAUCAACUCGUGUUGAUUCUGUUAGCAGCCGCCAUCAUCUCGUUCGCUUUAGCCUUUUUUGAGGAGCACGAAGGACCCGAAGCCGCAACGACGGCAUUUGUCGAACCGAUUGUCAUUUUACUCAUUUUGAUUGCUAAUGCCACUGUGGGUGUGCUGCAAGAAUCGAGCGCCGAAAAGGCCAUUGAUGCUUUGCGUGAAUAUUCACCCGAUGAAGCCAAAGUCCUGCGUCAAGGCGGCCAGCUCCGCAAAAUCCGUGCUGAAGAACUCGUCCCCGGUGAUAUCAUUGAUGUUGCUGUCGGCGACAAAAUCCCUGCUGAUGCUCGUCUUUUGGAAGUCUUCUCCAGUGUCUUUCGCGUGGAUCAGGCUGUCCUCACCGGCGAAUCUGUUAGUGUCAACAAGGAUGUGGAACGGAUAGCGGAUGACGGUGCGGUCAAACAGGAUCAGCACAACAUGUUGUUUUCCGGUACUACUUGUGUGUUGGGUAAAGCGCGUGCUGUUGUCGUUCAAACGGGCGCUUCGACUGCUAUUGGUGAUAUCCACACCUCGAUCUCAUCUCAAAUUGCUGAAAAGACUCCUCUGAAGCGCAAGCUGGAUGAGUUUGGUGAUAUGCUCGCCAAGGUCAUUACUGUCAUUUGCGUCCUCGUCUGGAUCGUCAACAUUCGCCACUUUAAUGACCCGUCCCAUAAUGGUUGGAUUCAGGGCGCCGUGUACUAUUUCAAGAUUGCCGUCGCUUUGGCUGUUGCUGCUAUCCCUGAAGGCUUGGCAGCUGUCAUCACUGCUUGUUUGGCCCUUGGUACCAAGAAGAUGGCCAAGUGCGGCGCUAUCGUUCGAAGCUUGCCCAGUGUUGAAACACUCGGCUGCACAAGCGUCAUUUGCUCCGACAAAACCGGUACUUUGACAACGAAUCAAAUGAGCGUCUCGCGAUUUGUAGCGGUGGACUCUGCAUCCGGUCGUUUGAAAGAACUUCAUAUUGAAGGCACCAGCUACGAACCAAUUGGUGCUGUCAAGACUGCAGAUGGAAUGAUUACUGCACACCUGCCAGCCAGCAAUGCGCUUAUGCGCGAAGCCGCUUUAGUUUGCUCCUUGUGUAACGAUGCUCGAAUUGUUUACGACGAGGCUGCUAAUAACCACCAAUGUAUUGGUGAACCUACCGAAGCAGCACUUCAAGUUUUGGUUGAAAAGUUGGGUACAGAUACAUCCGGCGUGAACGCCAAAUUGAGCACGCUCUCGAAAAAGGACCGAACCACUGCAUGCAACGACCACUACAGCUCCCAGUUUAAGCGUCUGGCCACGCUCGAAUUCACCCGCGACCGCAAGUCCAUGUCUGUCGUCGUCUCCUCUGGCACGCAAAACACGCUUUUGGUCAAGGGCGCACCCGAAUCUAUUUUAGACCGAUGCCAAUACGUCCAGACACAUGAAUCUGCUGCACCUGUCCCCAUGACCACUGCGAUCCGUGAUGAAUUGAACAAGAAGAUUUUGGAAUAUGGCAAAGGCUUGUCGUUGCGUUGCAUUGGCUUGGCCAAGAUUGACAAUGUCAACAUGUCUACGUUUGAUUUGCGCGAACAGAGCUCAUUCUACAAGUACGAAACCAACAUGACAUUCUUGGGUUUGGUUGGCAUGAUGGAUCCUCCUCGUCCUGAAGUCAGUGCCUCGAUUGAAAAGUGCAAGACUGCCGGUAUUCGUGUCAUCAUCAUUACCGGUGACAACAAGGAUACCGCUGAAGCCAUUGGUCGUAACAUUGGCGUUUUUGAACCGGAUGAGGAUUUAACGGGCAAGAGUUACACGGGUCGCGAAUUUGAUGAAUUGUCACCUGCACAAAAGAUUGAAGCUGUCAAGCGUGCCAACCUGUUUUCGCGUACUGAACCUGCCCACAAGCAAGAGCUGGUCGAUUUGUUGCAGUCUGUCGGUGAAAUCGUUGCCAUGACGGGUGACGGUGUCAAUGAUGCCCCCGCUUUGAAGCGUGCCGAUAUCGGUGUUGCCAUGGGUAGCGGUACCGACGUUGCCAAGUUGGCUGCUGACAUGGUUUUGGCUGACAAUAACUUUGCCACGAUCGAAAAGGCUGUUGAAGAGGGUCGCUCCAUCUACAACAACACCAAGCAAUUCAUCCGCUACUUGAUUUCCUCCAACAUUGGUGAAGUCGUGUCCAUCUUUUUGACCGUUCUUCUUGGAUUGCCCGAAGCUUUGAUUCCUGUUCAGUUGCUCUGGGUGAACUUGGUCACGGAUGGUCUCCCUGCUACCGCUCUUGGUUUCAACCCCCCUGAUCACGAUAUCAUGCGUCGCCCUCCCCGUAGCGGUAAAGAGUCUUUGAUCGACGGCUGGUUGUUCUUCCGCUACAUGGCUAUUGGUACAUAUGUCGGUGUUGCUACUGUCUUUGGUUAUGCAUGGUGGUUCAUGUUCUAUUCUGGUGGUCCUCAAAUCUCUUACUAUCAGUUGUCCCAUUUCCAUCAAUGCUCGGACUUGUUCCCUGAAAUUGGAUGUGAGAUGUUCACCAACACCUUCUCGAUGAAAGCCACCACCAUGAGCUUGUCGAUUCUUGUUGUCAUUGAAAUGUUGAACGCUAUGAAUAGUCUGAGUGAAAACGAAUCUUUGCUCACCUUGCCCUUGUGGAGCAACCCUUACUUGGUGUUCUCUAUUGUCCUUUCGAUGGCCUUGCACUUUAUGAUCCUGUACGUUCCAUUCUUCACUCAACUUUUCGCCAUUAUUCCGUUGAACGUGGAGGAAUGGAAGGCUGUCAUGUGGAUCUCGUUGCCUGUGAUUGUUUUGGAUGAGUUCUUAAAGUUUAUCACUCGCACUUGGAUUUCUCCUCCUACCAAGACCGCUCAUGCCCAGAAGAAGUCAAAGAAAGAUUAA